AUGCAGGGCGGCGCCGUGGGCAAGGCCUUCCUCACGCCCUUUGGCGUCGGCAACCAGGCCUCGAGCGUCACGGCACUGGGCACCCGCGGCGGCGUUGGGCAGGCGAUUGCGUCGCGCAUCCCGCAGAUACCCUUUCUCACAGCCUGCGCCACGCCAGACAAGCCAUAUCCCAUCAUCAUGGGCUCGAUGCUGGUGCCAGAGUCUCCCGUCAAGUACGCCCCCUUCGAGUUCACGCCACUGUACGCGGGGAUCCUCAACACCACCGCCGGCACCGACCCCGUAGUCGGCGGCGGCUACGUUGAGCCGCUGCUGCUCAACACCUACUCCCCUGGCCCGCAGCCCACCCCAGCGAGCGGGGUGGCCAACGUGACCGCCACGUCAGCACCUUACGUCGUGCCCCUCGUCCAGAUGGUCGGCAUCUCCAGUAGCUUUGCAGCGCAGGGCACGCGGCCGGACACGACGACGCAGGCGGAGCUGACGGGGGCUGAAAGACUUGAGUAUUGGAACCUGCUCAACUACCAAGGUGGCAGCAGGCUGUUUGCGGAUGGUGGGGGCGCGGACAACACUGCGAUCACCCCCCUCGUCCAGCGCGGCGUGCGCCACAUCGUCUGCGGCGUGGCCACCAUCUACCCGCCCAACGGGACCGCCGAUCAAUGGGCGGUUUACCAAUGGGAUGUGGCCGGCCUGUUUGGCGCGGUUCCUCGUGACCUGAACAAGCGCGGCCUCGUCAGCGGCGUGGCGAUUGACAUUUACAACAAGGCCAUGCAGAUUUUCCCUGAAUCCGGCUACAAAGAGCUGCACGCAGCUCUGGCCGCCGCCUACAAGGCCGGAGGCAGCACAGCCCACCGCGCCACGUACACUGUCCAGGACAACGCCAACAAAGGCGUCAAGGGCGGCUGGGAGGUGGACGUGCUGUGGGUGACCAACAGCCAGGCGGCCCAGUGGGAGGGCGCCCUGCCCGCCGAGACCCAGCAGCUCCUGGCCGACGCGCGGGCAGGCGCGCCCGGGCUGCCGGCCCACCUGCAGGAGCUUCGGCAGUAUCCCUACAUCAGCACCUUCGAUGCCGAUUACACGCCGGAGCUCGUAACGCUGCUGUCACAGCAGGCGUCUUGGCAAAUGCUCCAGUCCAAAUCCAUCAUACAGCAGAUGAUGGCGGCGCCGCCCGGCCCGCCGGCAGCGGCAGCGGGCGCCGCCGCGGCUGCGCCCGCGGCUGCGGCGCAGCCCAAGGCCGCCAAGCCCCGGUUGCGCGCGCGGUAG